AUGGACGGCCAAGAACAACAAUUAAAUAACGCUAUUGGUGGGAAUCAACCUGUUGCAGAUGAAACAUCUCCACAUGAAGAUUUCAUUGAUUCUACUGAAGUUGCACAAGAAGUUGUAGUUAAUGAUGAAGCUCCACCUGUAGAUGAUGAUGAAAGCGAAGAUGAUGAUACUAUGGGCAUGGAAGGCCAAGAUGAUAUGGAUAAUGGUGAAGGUGAACAAAUCGAAAUUGAUAUGACUAACAAUUCUAUCACUUAUUUCGAUAAGCAUACUGAUUCAGUGUUUUGUAUUACUCAUCAUCCAAAAUUACCAUUAAUUUGUACAGGCGGUGCUGAUAAUAUUGCCCAUUUAUGGACUUCUCACACACAACCUCCAAGAUUUGCUGGAUCUCUUGAAGGCCAUAAAGAAUCUGUUAUUGGUUGUGCUUUCAGUAGCAAUGGUCAAUUUUUGAUUACAGCUGAUAUGGUCGGUCAUGUCUUAAUUCACCGUGCUAAGCAAGGUGGUGCUCGUUGGGAAUUGUCUUCCGAAAUUGCUGAAGUUGAAGAAGUGGUUUGGUUACAGGCCCAUCCUACUUUACCAGCAGUCUUUGCCUUUGGUGCUUUAGAUGGUUCAGUUUGGUGUUAUCAAAUUGAUGAAAACUCUGGUACUCCACAAUUAUUAAUGUCAGGAUUUUCCCAUACUUUGGACUGUACUCAAGGUAGAUUUGUUGAGACAAACGAUUUAAAUGUUUGUGAAUUAAUUACAACUUCCUUAGAUUCCACUAUUGUUCGUUGGAACUGUUACACAGGUGUUGCAACUUAUAGAAUAAAUACUGAUAAACUAAGUAUUCCAAUAAAUGAAGCACCAUGGGUUUCUAUUGAUAUUUCACCAAAGGAAGAUUUAUUUGCAGUUGGUGCUAGUAACGGUAUUAUAGUAGUUGGCCGUACAAGUGAUGGUGCCAUUUUACACUCAGCACGUGUAGCUGAACCAACUGACAUUAAUGAUCCAGAAGAUAUGGACGCGUCUGUAGAAGCUUUAUCGUGGGCAAAGGAUUUCCCAUUACUGGCAGUUGGUGUUGUUAAUGGUAAUGUAAUUACAUUGGCUACAACAAAUUGGCAAAUUAGACAUAAAUUUGAAUUAGGGGAGGCUAUUACAAAAUUAAAAUUUGAUGGUUUAGAUUUAUUUGCUUCUUGCAUCUCAGGUAAAGUACACCAAGUUGAUGCUCGUUCAGGUGCAGAGAAAUUCGUUUGCUUAGGUCAUAAUAUGGGUGUCAUGGAUUUCGUAAUUGUCAGCCAAGAUGGUAAACGUAGGGUGAUCACUGCUGGUGAUGAAGGGGUUUCGUUAGUUUUUGAUGUUCCAAACUAA